CGUACUUGCAAGCGUUGUAUUGCGACAGAGAGGAAGAUGCGGAUGUGUUCGUUGAUGAUGCUAGCUAGCUAGCUAGCUAUUUGCAAUAUAUUGGGACAAUUUUCCAUCUUUUAUUUUACCAAGCAGCAAACACAUUGCGGAAAAGUUGUUGUGGAUAAGGUGUAGAUAAUGGAUUACUGCAAAGACCGUCUUAAAGCAGACUGUGAGCUGUUGCUGAGUAGAUUUCAGCAGACAGAAUCGGUGAGAUACGAGCUAUUCUUGACGAUAUGGAAAGAGACGAAGUUCCAAAGUAUUUUCUAGUAAGAUUCUCUUUUUUUUUGUUAUAGAAAAAUCUGCUGCUCUGUCACCUGCAAAAUAUAAGUUAUCGUCUGUCUCAACUUCCCAGUGAAUUGCAUAAGCAUCACGUUUUCCAAUCCUGAGUGUUGCAAUGGGUGUAACGUUAUCAUUAAUAUGGUUUCAGAUUUGAGUCUGUCUGUCUUUUACAGUGGAAAAAUGGAAAACAAUCUAAAGAGGCUGUUCAGCCGUGAAAUCCUGGCUACAGCGUACACAUACUUUCUGCCCCCAUACACCUUUCAGAUUAGAGUUGGGGCCUUGUACCUGUUCUAUGGGCUAUACCACUGCCAACUGUCCACACCAAGAGAAAAGGUGAGAUACUCUGAUUUCACUGAAAUACAGAUUUUGCCACCCACCAUAUAGCAGAACUACCAUUGAAUGUCCGAGAUACAAUACAAUUUCUAAAGUCAAUCUUGGACAACAGAUUCAUAUACAAACACAUUAAAUUAUUGUCUUUAUACACUUGCAUUUGUGUUUAUUCAUUAUUCACAUAUAAUGCAUGUUUUUCAACAUGAGCUGUUAUUUUUCUAUUGUCUACAGAUAAGGCUAGCCCUGAAGGACUGGGAGGAAAUGAUGAAGUUCCAGCAGGAUGCAGUUAGUGCACAGCACUUUGAUGUGGUCUACAUCAUCAGACAGCUCAUCUCACAAAAAGCCUUCUACUUCACUGCCAUGCCCACGCUGGUAAGAUCUCCAGUCUUCUUUAGCUUGCUGUCCACAUCAACAAAUGGAUAGACACUGUAGAGUUAAUACAGAAUCGUCCCUAUUUGAAUGAUUGCACAUUAGUAAAGGGUUAGGUGUGUUAAAAAUACUAACAAAUGCUUGAACAAGGCUGUGAGGAUACAUUCAUUGUUGAUUUAUUUGAAUCCAUCUACAUGAUAUCUUUCUCCUUGAGCAGCUGAUUUUCAAUGUGAAGAAGAGCAACAAGAACUCAAGAACGGUGUGUGAAGAUUUCGUUGAGCGAGCGGCCCGGCCACAGGAGCUGGUCAGCAUGGACAUGUUGGAGGUGAGCUAGCAGAAUGACCAUGUAUUCCCACACACCACGCAAGCAGCAGGUUGGAAUAGUAGACAACAGCCUGAAGGAUACAUUUGUCUUUAUUUUCUCCGAGAUUAUAAACCAGGGUACGUGUGGUUUAAGAGGCACUACUAGUGUCACUGCAGUAAUAGGGCCUAUGUGUGCAUAACAUGUUCCAGUGUGGAUUACAGUCUUUGAUGUUGUGGUGUAUGUGUGUAUUCUAUGGAUGAACACAGGAGCUGGCAAACGUACAUGAGCACUAUGAGCAGGUGAAGGCAUCCAUUUCAGCCAAGCCAGGCCAGCCAGACUCAUCCAUCAAUCUGAUCCACAAGAACUUGGUGUCACGGCUACACAACACUGUCGUGGGAUUCUACAACUGGCAGAAGGCUCAGGUUAGAGAUCUGCUCAUCAAAUUGUAUUUGUCACGUACACGUGUUUAGCGUAUGUUAUUGCGGGUGUAGCGAAAUGCUUGUGCUUCUAGCUCCGACAGUGCAGUAAAUCUAAGAAGUAAUAUCUAACAAUUUCACAACAUAUACCCAAUACAUACAUCUAGUAAGGAAUGGAAUUUAAGAAUAUAUACAUAUAUGGACAAGCAAUGACAGAGCUGCAUGGACUAAGAUACAGUAGAAUAUUAUAGAAUAGAAUGCAGUAUAUACAUAUGAGAUGAGUAGUGCAAGAUAUGUAAACAUUAUUAAAGUGACUAGUGUUCCAUUUCUUAAAGUGGCCAGUGAUUUCAAUAGGCAGCAGCAGCCUCUAAUGUGCUAGUGAUGGCUAUUUAACAGUCUGAUGGCCUUGAGUUAGAAGCUGUUUUUUAUUCUCUCGGUCCCAGCUUUGAUGCACCAGUACUGACCUGGCCUUCUGGAUGAUAGCGGGGUGAACAGGCAGUGGUUGAUGUCCUUGAUGAUCUUUUUCCACCUUCAUCAUAGUUGUCUUGUUUGUGUGUGUGUGCGCUUGCAUGAGUGUGUUUGUGUGAGAGAGAGAAAGGGUGUGAUACACCUACCGUUAUCCUGUCAUGCUAAGAUUGUGUGCUUUAUGUUAAAUUAUGUUUAGGGUUCGGAAGAUAGAGCCGAGGGAGAAGAUGGAGAUAGUGGCGAGGGAACUUCAAAUAAGCAAGAGGUGAGUUUUAAUAUACCAAAAUAAACUAACCAACUAUCAGCAGGUUUUGUUGUUCUAAAUUCACCCCUAUGUUUAAUUUUAAGACUGAUUAUUAUUUGUGUGCCGUGUUCACAGAUAUUCUCCACUGCCCUCAAUACACGUCUUGCAGUAAUGACUUUGGCCAGAGGGUGGCACUGUGGUCAACAUGUUUUAUCUCUUUUAUUCUCUUCCCAGUGUUCCAAGCGAGCUCAGCGUCUUGCAUCCCUCAAGUCUAAAUCAUAUGGUCAGCUAGUGGAGGUUUGUAAAGUGUUUCCUAUGUACAAACUUACACAUACCAUUUUUGGUCCCGCUUUAUUUGAAGCGCAUCUUAUGAAAGCGUCAUAAAGCCUUCAUAUAGGCUUCAUAAGCACUACAUAAAUGCUUCACAAAUCAUCUAUAACCGUAUAUCAUGCUCUAUAAAGAUUAAUAAUGUGGGAUAACCAUCCAUUUAUUUGUUCACAUUUAUUAAUCCUUUAUAGAGCAUGAAAUACGGUGAUAGAUUAUUUGUGACCCAUUUAUGAAGUGCUUCAUAAGAUGCACUUCAAAUAAAGCGGGACCCAGUUUUUGUCUCAUCUCAAGUUAAUUGAUUCAAGUUAAUUAUAAUCUCUGUAAUGACUGGGAUGGUUUGCUCGUGUAGAGAAUGUUGUUCAUAUAAUGGAGCAUUACUUUUCUCCCCAUAGGCCUCCAAGGCCCGGCGACACCGGCAGGUUGAGAGGGAUGAGGCGGGGCCGGCUAAGGAGACCUCGCACCAUAAGAGACUCAAGUCACUCAAACAAAGGACCAGUCAUCUGACCCAAGGCAAGUCCCUAUGUACCCAUCUGCCAGUAGGCCUGUUCCUAACAUCACCUUAAAAUGGUCCUGAUCAACUAAGAGUCUGUGUGUCCAACUAAGAGUCUGUGUGUCCAACUAAGAGUCUGUGUGUCCAACUAAGAGUCUGUGUGUCCAACUAAGAGUCUGUGUGUCCAACUAAGAGUCUGUGUGUCCAACUAACAGUCUGUGUGUCCAACUAACAGUCUGUGUGUCCAACUAACAGUCUGUGUGUCCAACUAACAGUCUGUGUGUCCAACUAACAGUCUGUGUGUCCAACUAAGAGUCUGUGUGUCCAACUAAGAGUCUGUGUGUCCAACUAAGAGUCUGUGUGUCCAACUAACAGUCUGUGUGUCCAACUAACAGUCUGUGUGUCCAACUAACAGUCUGUGUGUCCAACUAACAAUCUUUGUGUCCAACAGGCGCUGCAAGGGAGGAGGCUCUGAAGACCACCAGGCUGUGGUGCAUGAGUCAACUUGAAGCUCAAGGUAUGUAAGGGCUGUGGCACAGGGGGUGAAUGGAUGUGGAAAGGUCACCACACACUCGAGUAUCUGCUCAGACAGUUUUGAUUCAGAUAGUGGUAGUUCUAGAGAUGGAUGUGAUUGUAUUUGCAAUUAUUAUAGAAUGUAUUUGAUAUGAAUGAUUAGGGCAGGGAAUUGCCACUGACCUCACUAUACAAUAUUAUCAUGAUACUUAGGUGCCGAUACGAUAUGUAUUGCGAUUCGAUACUGGGAUUUUUAUUGCGAUUCGAUGUUCCAAACAUAUUGCUCACCUGUCUGCUGCAGAGGGACAAGAGAGACCGAUGAGAAAACACGUUUUGAUCAGUCAUGGAAAUAAAAGUGCUGAAAACAAAUUGGCUCCCUAUUUAAAAAGAAGAUGGAGAACAAGCUAUGAACCAAAAAUACUGGAGUUUUGGUGCAGGUACAGCCAACUAGCGCAAAAAUAAUAUUGUGAUAUUGUCAAAACGAUACGAUAUAUUGUCAAAAAUAAUAUCCCGAUAUGUAACUGUAUCUAUUUUUUCCCCCCCUUCACUAUGAAUGAUUGGAAAAGAAGUCUAAUGUUCUGAAUUUUCCUCUCUGCUUGUCCCAUUUAGAAACAACUAAAAAGAAAAAGAAAAGGAAAUUCAAAUGGUGAUGUCACAGAAGAGGAAAAAGGUACCAAAGAAUUGGUUUGGUUUAGAGAGUCAGUCAGCCAUGAAUCCCUGUGUACAACCACAAUCCAUAAUCUUUUGUACAACUGAUUUUAGCCAGCAUUCAUCUGGUUUCACCAUAGGUGUUUUUAAUCACUCAAAAUGCAAUGCUUUUAAUGUCAGGCACAUAAGGAAGUUAGCCUCUAGGUGUUACCCUUCAUUUAUGAAGGCUUCGAAGACAUGCAAAGAUUUUUUGUUCAUGUCGCAGUAAAACAUUUAAGAAUUGUAUUGUGCUGGUAUCAAUCAAUGAUAUGGAUAAUUUGUUUCCAUCACUGACAGUUUCAUUCACUACUUGAUGCUUGAAAAUAUUGAGAAAAAAGUUACAUUACAUUGAAAACCCAGUUCCCUUUCAAAUGCCUAUGAUGUUUUUGAUACUGUUGUUGGAAUAUAAAAUGUUUUUCCUUUUAUUAAAA